AUGACUCAUGUACACCCUGCAUUUAAAACAGCAGAAACCAUCUAUGCUAAUGAAAUUUAUAAUUUCAUUCAUGAGAUCCAUCCAAAGCGAAGAUCAUUAAAUAAUUCACCUUUAUCAAGCAAGGACAAAUUUAUAUCCUUAAAGAAUAAGCGAUUUAACAGAGGAAAGCAUAGCAGAUUCUCAACUUCCUUUGCAGUCGCAGCCCCUAAUGAUCAAAAGCUAGACUAUCUUCCUGCUUCUAAGCUUCACCAAAGAAUAUUUGAUAAGCCAGACUACGACCAUCUUUCAUUAACUGAGAAAGUUAAUUUACCUUGGAAAUAGUAAUUUAUGAAAUUGUGCCAUCAAUCCGAGGCGGUGGAGGCUGAGGCUCUUGUGGCGCUUGAUGUAUCCAAUUUGGUGAAAUCGAGGGAACCAGAAGUAUGGCCGUGUAAAGAUCCGGACGUUGAAGAAGAAGCUUGCGUUGGUGAUUAGGUUUGGUGGCUCAGCGACCAUUCGGUCACCUGGAAGCUAAUUUAUCGGAGAGACCUACCAAUUGUGAAGUGAAAUAAAGACUUUAAAAUUUAAUUGCAAUUGAAAUGUUUGACCAAGUUAAUUUACCUUAGAGAAAUCUCAAAUUGUUAUAGCCCCUAAACUACCUCCUUUAAGAACAAUUUCUCCUACUUUUAACAAGCUAAUACCAUUUGAUUUGAUUAAAUCAUCAAGAAGUUCAACUACAAACAAAGAUCAGUUAAAAGAGCUGCAUUGUAGCGCGCUGGACAAACUUGUAAGCGUCUGCCAAGACGCAGAAGAUAUUCCUAAAGUAUCUAAAAAGGUUAACAAAGAAGUUAAGUUAAUCGAAAGGUUUUCGGAAAGAAUUAAUUGGACAACAGACACAUUAAAACAGUUUGAAGAUUAUGAUCACUCAGUAAUCAGGCACAUGUUUCAUCAUUUUAGUCUCAUUAAGGAAGACUUAAAUAAAGAAAUCAGUGAGAUUUCUCAUCAGAUGAAAGCUGGAACUAACGAUCAGCACUUAGUAAAUGCAAGGAGACGACGAAAAUCAGUUCGUAAAGACUUUUAG